UUGGCAGCCUGCAGUACUUCCUCAUCCUGACUGCUGUGUUGAGGCAGACAGCCGUUGCUCCUGACCCUUCAUUUUUCGCCCUCAGACUAUCUGUAGAGCUCAGUAAAGGACGAAUAUUUUAGUCGGUUGUGCUUCAGGGCACUCAGGCAGAGGGCAGGCUCUAGAACAGCAUCCAGCACCAAACACGUGUAGCUAGCUGACACGCAGCCAUGAUGAAAGCGGGCGCCACCAAGGUGGGGCUGCCCAAGCUGGGACUCCAAGAGCGGGCCAAGCAGGCUUCCUUGGCCCCCUCUUCCUCCACCACCACCACCUCCACAGCCAUGAAGACCUCCAGAUCCUCCAACAUGCUGGCCUCAGACCAGCGCCUCAGCAGGCUGAAAAGAGCCAGCAGUGAUGAUGCCUUGACAAAGCCUGCACUGGGAGCCGCUGCCUCUGGCUCCCGGAUGAAGAAGACUGUGACCGCUGGAGCCAUCUCAGAUCUUGCUGAGGCCCGCCCUCGCAGCCUGUCUGGUGUACAAGCAGCCAAGAAGUCUGGUAUCCCAGCUCCUAGAGAAAUUCCUUCUACCAUAACAAGAGACCGCAUCUCUCUGAGGGACCAGCUUAGGAGUUCUACCACUAAGAAGAUGGUUUCUAGUGCCAGCACUUCCAGCCUCUCCACCCUGGCAAAGCAGACGCGUAGUUCAACCAAGUCCCGUGGAGAUGCAGAGGGUCAGGAAAGGGGCCUUCUGGAGUGCCAGGUGAAAGAGCUGCUGGCUGAGGCCAAGGCUAAAGACUUAGAGAUCAGCAGUCUCAGGAUGGAGUUGCAACGCUGCAAAGGUAAAGCCUCCACUGCUUCCUCUUCACCCUCACCCAACUCUGUCUCACACCAAGAGCCUGCUGCAGAUCAAGAGCAGGGUCAGAUGGCGGAGGCCCUUGUGCUGGUUGGGGAGCUGAGGGAGAAGAAUGGGAAGUUUCAGAAGGAGCUGGCAGCUCUCAGGGAGGAGAACCAAGCUCUGAAGGAAAAGCUGCUUUGCUUGAAGGCCUCUCCUCUCACUACUACAAACACAAGCAGCCCCUCCAAGCUUUUGGUGAAUGGCCUGCCCUCAGACUCCUCAGAUCCGCAACAGGACAGCCUCCCUUCUACUGCCAGCCCUCUCAAAACCUCUGUUUCCUCCAGUUCUGACAUCACCAAGGACUCACCAUCACCUGACUCCUCUGAGUUUGAGAAGAUCCCAUCACGUUCAGAAUCAGUGAGCAGUGGUGUCAGUGGGGAAGCCGUUGCAGCGGCGGCAGUAACCAAUUCAGGGGAGCAGGAUGUGUCAGUGCAGCGCCUGACAGAACAGAUUCACAAGAUGGAGGAGAGCCACCACAGCACAGCUGAGGAGCUGCAGGCAACUCUGCAGGAGCUGGCUGACCAGCAGCAAGUGGUGCAGGAGCUGACUUCUGAGAACGAGCGCCUGGCCGAGGAGAAGCGCCUCCUGCAGACCUCACUUCAACAGCAGAGGGAGCGACUGGAGGUGCUGGCCCAGAAGAAUGAGGCGCUGGCUGGCCGACUUCAGGAGCAAGCUCAAGCUCAGGCCCAGAGGGAGGAGGAGCUGGGUAGCCAAGGGCCUCGGCUGGCCGAGCUGGAGCAGAGGUAUGCCGAGCUGGUUGAGAGCUCACGCUUUGAACGGGAGAAGCUGGUGGACAUCCAGCAGCAGCUGACAGGCAGCCUGCGGGCUCUGGAGGAGGAACACCAGGAGGCCCAGGGCCAGGUGCACUGCCUCAGAGAGGAGAUGGACAGGCUGCAAGCACAGCUGGUCAGGGAGCUGGAAGCUGGAGGUCAGGCAGCUCGGGCCGCAGAGGAGCAGAGGGCAACAGCAGACUGUCUCAGACUGGACAACAGUAGGCUGAAGGCGCAGGUGGACAUUGAGAGGCAAAAGGUGGGUGAGCUGAAGGCCAUGCAGAGUGCCAGUGACAGCACUGAGGUACAGAACUUGCUGAAAACAGCCCACGCUGAGAGAGACAGGCUGGAGGUAGAGCUGACAGAGCUGAGGCAGGAGCUGCUACAGGCCCAGGCUGAGACUGAGCAUGUGCGAGCCACAAUAUCCAAGGUGGAGACCAAAUGCCAGCAGGUUCAGGAGCGGGCCGAGAGGAGGGAGCAGGAGCUCAACAGCCGAGUGACUUCCCUGGAGGAGGCCGGGAUCCAGGCUGAGAACCAGGUGAAGGAGCUGAAGGAGACCAUCUUCGAACUGGAGGACCAGGUGGAGCAGCAGAGGGCCGUCAACUGCCACACCAACCAAGCCGUCCUGGACAUGGAGAAUCUUGUCAGAAAGCUGGAGGAGCAGAAAGCUGAAGCAGAGCGACAACUGAAAGUCUUGAGUAGACAGAUGAAGGAUGAAAAAGAGGAGUGGCGUCGAUUCCAGGCGGACCUCCAGACGGCAGUGGUGGUGGCCAACGACAUCAAGGUGGAGGCUCAGCAGGAGCUGCGUACACUCAGGAGGCAGCUGCAGGAGGAGCAGGAUCGCAGUGCAAAGCUUUCCACAGACAUUGAAGCCCUGCAGGGAGUCAGGUCCCAAGGUGAUGAGGUGAGGGUGUCCGACUCCGAAAACAGCCGUCACUGGUGCGGCAUCUCCAUGAUCCCGACCACACCCACUGACGCCAGCGGAGAUGCCGACUCGGAACCCGGAGCUACUGUCAAAUCCCUCAUUAAGUCCUUUGAUACUGUUGGACAGAAUGGACCAGGCCACGCAGUUCAAAUGCAUUCCUCCCCAAGAAGCCCUCUGAGUGGGAUCCCUGUACGCACCACACCUGCUGCAGCUGUCUCCCCUAUUCAGAGACACCCAUACAUAAAGCCACUAUCAAAGACGUUGGAAAAAAGAAUCAACCAUGGAGAAUUCUCUCAUCAAUAUGAUAAGUUGCCGGGCUGCGGGGAAGACCUGAAACCUACCAGCCUAAUGAGGAAGAGCCCUUCUCUAGAGUCUGUAAUCAAAACCCCCGCCUCCUUCGGCAACCGCACAGCAUCAUUCAGCUACCACCGAGGCAACAGCAAGCUCAGUGUGGAAAGAAAGGACCCUUUGGUUGCUCUGGCGCGGGAGUAUGGAGGAUCUAAGAGGAAUGCUCUACUGAAGUGGUGCCAGAAGAAAACAGAAGGCUAUCCGAAUAUUGAUGUGACCAACUUCAGCAGCAGUUGGAGUGACGGCCUGGCUUUCUGUGCCCUCUUGCACACAUAUCUGCCUGCCCACAUCCCUUACCAGGAACUCAUCAGUCAAGAUAAGGUCCGGAAUCUGACCCUGGCUUUCCAGGCCGCCGAAAGCAUUGGCAUCAAACCCUCCCUGGACAUUGAGGAACUGAUGAAGACCGACAGGCCGGACUGGCAGAGCGUCAUGCAGUACGUCUCUCAGAUCUACAAGUACUUUGAGACCUGACCGGCAGGGAAAGAGGAGCUGGUGAUCGAUGAAUUGGAGGCACUGCGGCACUUUUCUGUCAACACUACAUUCACCUUCCAGACAGACCCAACGCUGCCACCUCAACCCCUCUCCUGCUCACUGUUUGACACUAGAGACAUGACUUCAAGUUCUCAAGAACAGAGAAUUACUCAAACGGUCAUGGAGCUGCUGUUUUCUAAUUUCUCAACAGGACUCUACAGUCAGUGCUGACGCCCAAAUUUACAAAGACUGCAGUCAGGAAACACAUUACCAUUUUGAACAUGUGCCAAAUCUUCUGCCAAAAUACAACAUACUAGACUAUCUAUGCAUGGUUAAAGUGUUACCUUCUGUCUGAGUGCGCAGUGUGACGUAUCCUUUCACUGAACAACGUGCAGUCAUGAGUGAACCAGUGUGAACCCAACCUUUGGUAGAUUUUGGCCGUUUGCUGAAAUAUUGCUUCAAAGAAUCGAUCACUCCUCAUACUGAGUGCUUAUUGUAAACAAGCUGGAGUGGUACUUCGCAGAGCAGAGUAUUUUGAGCUGACAGGUUUGAGUUGAACUGAAGCCUUUAUAUUUUCCACUUUUAAUUGUGUGUCCUUUAGUAAGACAAACCCUAGCCGCCAUCCGUGAUGCGACACUAAAAUGAUUUAACACUACGAGAGUUGCUGAAAAGUUUUGUAGAAAUAUUUUUUAUGAAAAACAGAUUGAUCUCUAUGUUUGCAUUGUCUACAGCGUUAAGGAUUGGCUGACUCAAACCAUGGUACUGUGCCCUCUUGUGUUGUUGCUUCAUGUUUUCCAUCAAGACUCUCUCAACGUCUAUGGUACUGCAGCUGCUUUGCAAAAUAUACAUAUGUAUUUGGCAUGCCAUGUUAAAUUAUGAAGGACAGGAUAACUUUUACAUGUAAGAGUUGAGGCACAGCACUUUCUCUGUGAUAUGAUUUAGACAAGCCUCCAUCUGCAGAUGCCCUUAUGUUUUGGAAGAUAAAAGUGUUAUUUAUUUAUUUACAAGACAUGCAUCCUGAAAAGUGAUAAUGUGGACCGAAACGUAUGCAGUUUUCUAUUUAUAGAUGUCAGAUUUGGAGGCCUGUUGGAUGGAUAUUGCUCAAUAAAGGAUUGUCAAGUUUUAUUUUCAA